AUGUUCUUUCAAUCAGAACGAGAGCUAAACAAGUACAAUAGUGAUCUAGCAGGGCCUUUUUGGCGUAUCGGACUUUUGAAAAAAAAAAAAAAAAAAACGCUAAAGAAACCGGCUCGUGUUGGUACACGUGCAUGA